AUGGUCCUUGGCAGGCUCUGGGAGAGCCUUGGAUCUCACUCUGUGACUCCCCCCCUUCUAAGCUCCCUCUGCACUAGGAUGUUGCGGAAGGUUCUGCAUAGGGGGCUGAGAUCGUGCUUUUCGAGAUUAGGGUUUUUUAUCGCCAGUCAUCCAGUAUUUUUUGUGUCAGCCCCAGUGCUGAUCUCUAUCUUGCUAGGGGCCAGUUUUAGCAGGUAUAAGGUUGAGGACAACAUCGAGUAUUUGCUGGCCCCAAAACACAGCUUGGCUAAGAUAGAAAGGAACCUGGUGGAUAGUCUGUUUCCAGUAAAUCGCUCCAAGCAUCGCCUGUACUCAGAUCUUCAAACACCUGGACGAUACGGAAGAGUCAUAGUCACAUCGUCCAGGAGGGCAAACAUGCUGGACCAACACCACACGGACCUUAUUCUAAAGCUGCAUGCUGCAGUGAAAAGGAUUCAAGUUCACAGACCUGGUUUUAAUUAUACAUUUGCCCACAUUUGUAUGUUGAGCAACGAGAAGACGUGUAUAGUGGAUGAUAUUGUCCAUAUUUUGGAAGAACUGAAGGCAGCUCGCUCACUUAAUCGAACAAAUUUUAUCAUCACCUAUCCAAUCACCCAACUAAAGGAUGGCAGGGAAGUGUACAACGGCCACCAGCUGGGAGGUGUCACAGUCCACAGCAAAGAUCGAGUGAAGUCUGCUGAGGCCAUUCAGCUUACAUACUAUCUUCAGGCCAUCAACUCACUCAACGAAGUUGUGGCAGCAAAAUGGGAAUCCAUUUUCUGUGAGACUGUGGAAAGCUUUCAGAAAUCAAACAGGGAAGUUAAAAUGUAUCCUUUCACAUCUUCAUCACUAGGAGAGGAUUUUCAAAAGACCAGCAGGGUUUCAGAACGUUACUUGAUUACAAGUCUUGUGUUAGUUGUCACGUUGGCCAUCCUCUGUAGCUCUAUGCAGGACUGCGUUCGAAGUAAGCCAUGGCUUGGCCUCCUUGGAUUGGUGACCGUUGGCCUUUCAACACUAACUGCCGCUGGGAUCAUCAAUUUGACAGGCGGAAAAUACAACUCUACCUUCUUGGGAAUUCCAUUUAUCAUGUUAGGUCAUGGCUUAUAUGGGACAUUUGAAAUGCUGUCAUCUUGGAGGAAAACCAGAGAGGAUCAACAUGUGAAAGAGAGGACGGCUGUUGUAUAUGCAGAUACCAUGAUUUCCUUUUCCCUUACCACUGCUAUGUAUUUAGUCACGUUUGGUAUUGGCGCCAGUCCCUUCACAAACAUUGAAGCAGCAAGAAUAUUUUGCCGUAACUCAUGUAUUGCAAUCUUUUUCAACUACCUCUAUGUACUAUCAUUCUAUGGCUCAAGCCUUGUGUUUACUGGGUACAUUGAAAACAAUUACCAGCAUAGUAUAUUUUGCAGAAAGGUGCCAAAGCCCGAAGUGUUACAGGUCAAGUCAUUGUGGUAUAGAUUUCUUAUGACGGCAAAGUUUAGUGAAGACACAGACUCUGAGGAAACAAAUUCUUACGAAAGUCAUUUAUUAGUUUGCUUUCUCAAGCGUUAUUACUGUGACUGGAUAACAAACACAUAUGUUAAGCCUUUUGUAGUUCUCUUUUACCUUGUUUAUAUAUCUUUUGCUUUAAUGGGCUACCUGCAGGUGAAUGAAGGGUCUGACCUAAGUAACAUUGUAGCAACUGAGACACGAACCAUUACAUAUACCACUGUCCAGCAGAAGUAUUUCAGUAACUACAGCCCUGUCAUUGGCUUUUACAUCUAUGAAUCUAUAGAAUACUGGAAUACAAGCGUCCAAGAGGAUGUCCUAGAGUAUACUAAAGGAUUUGUGAGAAUAUCGUGGUUUGAGAGUUACUUAAACUAUCUAAGGAAACUUAACAUGUCGACUGGAUUACCCAAAAAGAACUUUACAGACAUACUUAGACACUCUUUUCUGAAAAACCCACAAUAUGCACAUUUUUCCGAGGACAUCAUUAUACCCAAAAAGUACAAUAAUGAAGUAGACGUGGUGGCCUCACGAAUGUUCCUGGUGGCAAAGACCAUGGAAACGAAUCGGGAAGAACUUUAUGAUCUCCUAGAGACUUUAAGGAAGCUUUCUCUGACAUCCAAAGUAAAAUUCAUUGUCUUUAACCCAUCUUUUGUUUACAUGGAUAGAUAUGCUUCUUCAGUGGGUGCCCCAUUGCAGAACUCCUGCAUAAGUGCUUUGUUUCUCUUGUUUUUCUCUUCUUUUCUUGUUGCAAGUUCAAUCAUUAAUAUCUGGAUAACUCUAACCGUUGCCUCAGUAGAAUUUGGAGUAAUCGGGUUUAUGACAUUAUGGAAAGUUGAGUUGGACUGUAUUUCUGUACUUUGCCUAAUCUACGGGAUUAAUUACACUAUAGACAACUGUGCACCUCUGAUAUCAACUUUUAUCCUUGGAAAAGAAUUUACAAGGACCAAGUGGGUGAAAAAUUCACUGGAAGUGCACGGGGUGGCUAUUUUACAGAGCUACCUCUGUUACACUGUUGGUCUGAUCCCCCUUGCAGCUGUGCCUUCAAAUUUGACCCGUACACUGUUCAGGUGCUUAUUUCUAAUAGCAUUUGUGACAUUCUUUCACUGCUUUGCCAUUCUGCCAGUGUUACUGACAUUUGUUCCACCAUCAAAAAAGAAGAGGAAAGAGAAAAAAGUCCCAGAGAACUGUGAAGAAAUAGAGUGUGUUGAAAUGGUGGACUUAGACAGCACCAGGGUAGUUGACCAAAUUACAACUGUAUGAUAUUUUUUUUUCUUUGCAUUUGCUAUGUUAUGUUUCACCUUAGGUCUUACUAAGAAAAUGUUUUGACGGAACUUCUGAUCUGUGUGGGUAAGAAAUAUAAAAAAAUAUCCAAUACAGCCCAUUAGAUGGAUGUUCCAAAAAUGUACAAUUAGCCUCAACAGAGAAAUAAAAGUGUUUUUACAUUGAGUUAUACUCAGUUAA